CUGUUGUUUUAUUUUUUUCUUCCAGGCGAUAUAUCCCUCUCUGAUUUACACAACGGCACUUGGCGGCGCAUUUACUACAUUGAAAAAUGGCAACAAUUUGGGCGGAGCCACGGUGGCAGAGACUGUGAUGAGCCUUUUUCUCACCUCGGUGGUGUGCAUGGGGGCUGUCAACAGCCGGACUAGUUCGAUACUGGCCCCUUUCUGCAUCGGCCUCACUGUGACGGCCUGCAUCCUGGCCGGAGGGUCCGUGUCUGGGGCCUGUAUGAACCCUGCUCGGGCCUUUGGUCCUGCUGUAGCUGCAGGUUACUGGGACCAGCAGUGGGUCUACUGGGUCGGACCCACCUGCGGUGCGCUGCUCACGGCCUUCUUCAUCAGAUUGAUGCUUGGUGACCAGAAGACCCGCGUUGUGUUGAAGUGAAUGAAGAUGGAAAGAAACAAAAACUUGCUUCAUGAAAACAUUUUAAUUUGGAUGUUAUGGGGAAAAAAAAAUUAUGCACAACUUUUAAAAAAUUCACACUUUGUCAGAAUGUAGGUUGUCAUUCCACACAGUAAAAAUAAAUAUGCAAGUUUCUAUGAGUUUAGCUAAAAUCACUUUAUUUUGACACUAUCCAGGGAUUUUUAAUGCAUAUAAUCUACUGAAUGUAAUAUAUAUAUAUAUAUAUUUUUUUUUUUUCUACAAAAAUGGUUCACUAAGUAAAUGUUUAACUAAGUAAAUGUUUAAAAUUUGUGACGUCACCAAGUUCAAAGAAACCUGCCCAACAGGUCGUAAUGGACUUUGGACUAAAGUGUGUCAUUAAAACAAAACAUCUCUGGGGGAAGAAAAAAAAUAGAAUCAAAAACUUGAUGAGCAUGUUGGAUUUAUAAAUUUGUGAGAACAAACAUUUACAUUUAUACUGACUUUAUUAAUU